AUGUCGUACAGUGAAGCGUGUCAAUGUCCUUUAUAUCGUUCAUUCAAUAUAACGAAAGAAGCAUUAUCGAAAUUCUUUAUAAGACAUAACAAAGAAGUUGAAAACGUGAGUAAAGAAGUACAACAACAAGCAGUGGAGGAAGCAGAAGAAAGUGAGAUUUCAGAUCAACAAGGACCAGACGAUGUUGAAUUAAUGAGUGAACCUAAAUUAAAAGAAGAAAUUGACGUUAGUGAUUUGGAAUCUCAUGAACAUUUUGAUCAACAGCAACAGGAAGGGGAAAUGACGGCAGAAACAACAGCAAACGUAUUAGAUCAUUCACUAAACUCAAUUGAAUUCAACGAAUAUGAAUUACCGCUUGACUUGUCUAAUAUCGUUCACACUGAACUAGUUGAGGCGUCAGAAUUACCAGAACUAGCACGACUCAGCAGCAACGAUUUCUUAGCCUUUGUUCGUGAUGUUGAUACAAUUCUAUAUCGUUUAGUAAAUGAUGAUGGUCAACUACUUGCUCGUCCAAAAAGUGAUGCUUUGUAUUAUCCAGUUGAAAGUGUUCGUGAUAGUAUGCUACCCCAAAUAGUAUUUCAAGAUGAUACAUCUCAUUUUCUCUUUGUCCAAUGGAAAGAUACACAGAUUGAUCAUAAUGAAUUGAAUACAUCAGAAAAAAUUGAAUUCGAUGUUACUUUAGUAGGAAGAUAUUUAGUACAAACAAUCGCCGAAGAAGAAGGAGAAAAAUAA